AUGCGACUCCCCGAGGCGCCUUUGUCGCUGACCUCGAUCUUCCUCGCCGCCCUACUCUCGCGAUCUGUGAUUGCAGGACUCUUGCCCGAUUUCCUGCAGAGCUUUGACGACCUUCAAGAUAUCGAGAAGAGAUGUGAAAACCCUUGCGGAUACUAUGGACAGUUAUGCUGCGAAGCUGGUGAGGUCUGCUACACUGAUUCCAACGACGAAGCCCAGUGCGGAGCUGGAGCCACGGCAACAGCAGCGACAACAGUCGCCGGACAAUGGGAAUACACCACUGUAACGUUUGUGCAGACAGAUCUAAAGACUGUCACCUCCACCUACAGCUCCUAUGUGCCGGCGAGCACCAUCAGCUGCUCAUACUCUCUUGGCGAAACACCCUGCGGCAAUGUCUGCUGUCUGUCAGGACAGUUCUGCCAAUCCGCUGGAAUCUGCGCAGCCGUGGGUGGGGGAAGUUCUGGAUACUAUAGCAGCCUCUAUACCGUCACUACCGUUAUCACCAACACCGCCAGCGCCAGCGCCCCGCUCCGACCAACCAGCAACACCCUCGUCACCGUCACGAGUAUCACCGGGGCCACUACUACAGCACCUUUCCAAACGCCUGUCGGAACGGACGGCAGCAUCAUUGUUGGACCGUCAUCAUCGAGUUCUGGUGGAGGGCUGAGUGGAGGUGCAAUUGCGGGCAUCGUGAUUGGUGUCAUUGCAGGCAUCUUCCUCCUCAUCUUGUUCUGCGCCUGCUGCAUCUUCAAGGGACUGAUCGACGGGCUUUUGGCCAUUUUCGGCCUUGGAAAACGGCGAAGACGUACCGAAGAAGAAGUGUACGUGGAAAGACACUCGCACAGGGAUGGCAGAGGACGAAGAACGUGGUUUGGCACCAGACCCGGGAGAUCUGAGGUCGUGGAGGAGAAGAGGAGAAGCGGAUGGGGAACAGCAGGCUGGAUGGCUGCAGCAUUAGGGGCUCUAGCCCUGUGGCUUGGUUUGAAGAGGAGAAAUCGACGUGACGAUAAGAGCAGCGAGGGCUAUGGCAGUUCCUACUUUUCCGAUUACACGGGAUCAAUGAAAGCUCCUCGGAUCGGAGAACGAGGCGAAGCAGCAGGUCACGCUCGAGACGAUGAAACGUAG